AUGUGUUUUACUAUAAAUAUUUAUGCUAAUGAGGACGGCAUUCACGUCCUCUUCGAAGGAUCAGGAAGAUUGUCUAACUCAGGAGAAUCUACACCAUCUUCAGAAAGCAUUCCAAGCGAGCCAACAUGUCCUAGAGCAUUCGUGGAAUUUAACGACAGACUAAAUCAGAAAGACAUUAUUGUGACAUUCAGGUGGAACAAACCUAAAUUUACAAAUGGAGUGAUACAAAAAUAUACAGUUCAAUAUUGGUUUUUUGAGAAUCAAAUAAUUCAUAGAAGAGUUGCUAUAAUCUCAAAUUUCACGAUAUUGCAACUUAAAGUGUACAAGUUAAAACCUGAUAAAGUGUAUUAUUUCGAAGUACAAGCGCAUAACAAAUUUGGUGCUGGCUCUUAUACUAAGUUUAUCAAUGUGUCGACCACACAUGAGAAUCCAGUACCUUUAUUACUCGUUAAAAAAAAUGGUAGAUUUUAUGUAUUGGAUAUAGAUUUACAGAUCGGCUUUGAACGUGAUAUAUAUAAAUACUGUACUGACAUCGUUUACUCAGCAUUGGAACAUAAGAUUUAUGGGAUUACUUCCAACUUAAAUUUAAUAACAUUGGAAUUUAAUCCAAAUGCAAUCGAAACGAAUCAAAAUUAUACAAUAAUAGCAGAAAUCGGGUACAGUGCAUAUUCUCUGUGCAUCGAUUGGAUUGGUGGCAGUCUUUAUUGGUUAAAAUAUGAUAUUGACGGUCAUAUUUACAUUAUGAAAUUCGACUUAAUAUUACUACAACAAGAAAGCAUCAAAACAUACGAAAAAAUCGCACUGGCUGCAAAGCAUACUUUAUUUUUAAAAGCAUUGCCAUAUAAUAGACAUUUCUAUUGGAAAGUAGAUUCUUCAAUAGUGCAAACGGAUUUGAAUGGUAGAAACAAAUUAUAUAUGGCAGACAAUAAAUGCUUCUGCCUCAAGACAUUUGUAGGAUUGCUACAAUAUGAGUACCCUCUCAUGACGAUUGAUACAACGAAUAUUGACGAGCCGCUAAUAUAUUGGAUAAUAAACAAUGAAUAUUUAAUCGUAACGGAUAUUAAUGGUUCUCUUGAUAAAACUUUACAAUCAUAUCCCUCGAAGAAAUGUCUAAUAUCUACGAAAAAUUAUCGUGUUGAAGAAAUGUUAAUAACUGCAAACAGCAUUAAGGUGAACCUUCCGGAGCCGAAUCCCAAUGACGAAUGUAAAAAGUACAAUUUUACUUUUAUAUAUAACAUCUCUGUGAGUUAUUUAAAAUGUUUAGACAAUGAUCUUAACAAAUUUGAGAAAUUUCAUGUUCAAACGUACGAACGGCAGUACGAAUUCCAAAAUUUGACGCAGUUGACAGAAUACACGUUAAAGCUGGCAUUGAGCAAUUUUUACAUCUACAAGAUAUCGAUGGAUUUGCAAUUCGGCCCAGAUGUAAAACUGAUAACUACGGGCAAGCUCUAUGCACCGGAUGAUGUAGUAGUUCAAGUUGUAAUGCCAAAUCUGGCGGUAAUUGAUUGGAUGCCACCGAAAAAAUUAGGUUGCGUGGCAGUGAAUUAUGAGGUGAAAUGGAUGCAAUAUUCAAAUAGCACUCAAGAAAAUCAAAAUUUGGUUCGCUUCAUAAAAGUCAAUAAACUAGAACAUACGACAAAUGGCAAGAUUUUUGCGGUAAUUCGGUCACUGAUACCAAAGCAAAAAUACGAGAUAUACGUGAGUGUGUAUCCAAUCAUUCGCACAGAUGUCGUCACUGACAGUGUAAUAAAAACAAUCUACAUAUCCGAAUCGAAUAAUUUAAGUUUGAAUGGGAUCGGUACAAACAGUAUGAAUAUCUCGUGGAUUCCAAGCGUUAAUCUGACAAUUCCUAUAGAAUUUCUUAUAUUGGAAUACAAAAAUGUUGCGUCGCGAAAGUGGAGAUGGACAAUUGCAAAUUAUAUUGAAGUGAAUAACUACAAAAUAACAUAUUACGUAGAAAAUUUAUUGCCGAAAACUCUAUACAAAUUUCGUCUGAAAUUGAAGUAUACUGAGUAUAGAAAAGAUUUCAUAUGGCCGUCUAAUGGAGAAGCAUUUAUUUUUGAAACGCUCGGUGAUGCAAGAAAGAUUUCUAGCGCAAUUGGGACAAUUAUGCAAUAUUAUCUGCCAUUAAUAUUAUGUCUUAUUGUAAUCAUUGUAAUAUACAAUGUUUACUACUUUUAUUGUACAUACAGGCAACGCAAAAGAAGUAACGAAAUAGUUUCGCCUCCAAUAAUGAUGAAUACGGAAUUAGUAUCUUUAAAUGAAAUACCUUUCGGGUGCACUCAACUAAAUUUGCUGGACCCUCCUAGAUUGCAAUAUAAUUCAGACGAAUUUGCGUUGAUUAUAAUCGAAAAAAAUUAAAUUAUCCAAACAAAGUUUCUAGGUAGCGGCGCAUUUGGUACUGUAUAUCAAGGAAUCAUCAAAGAUUUUGAAAGGUUGGACACAACACCAGUUGCAAUAAAAAUGCUAAAAAGACAAGCAUCUUUGAAAGAGAAAAAAGAAUUCUUGAAAGAGGCUAAGCUUAUGAGCCACUUUCGACAUAAAAAUGUGCUAAGAAUAUUAGGCAUUUGUUUGAACACGAAUUCAUCGUUACUUAUAUUGGAAUUAAUAGAAUCUGGUGACUUAUUGAAUUAUUUAAGAAAUAAUGGAACAUUGCAAUCGUCAGAUCCGUGCGCGUUGCGUCUGAAAGACUUGCUCGCCAUGUGCGAAGAUGUUGCUCGAGGCUGUUGUUACUUAGAAAGACAGCAAUUUGUGCAUAGAGAUCUCGCGUGUCGAAAUUGCUUAAUAUCCGUAAGAAAUCAUGGAAACCGUAUUGUGAAAAUCGGCGAUUUUGGACUAGCUAGAGAUAUUUAUUCAGAUCACUAUUACCGUACGGAAGGAGAACGCAUGCUUCCUAUUUGCUGGAUGGCACCGGAAUCUUUAGUGUUUGGAAUAUUUACUUCACAAAGCGAUGUAUGGGCUUUCGGGGUACUAAUGUGGGAAAUUAUGUCAUUGGGUGAACAUCCUUAUCCUGCCAAGAAUAAUUCCGAAGUUUUAAAGUAUGUGCGUGAGAGAGGCAAACUGCCAAAACCUCUUAACUGUCCACCGAUAUUGUAUCAGUUGAUGCUACAUUGUUGGAAAUCUGCAUUUGGUAGACCAAACUUUACAAAUUGUCUCAAAAAUAUCAAAACCUUAAGAAAUAACGUAAAAGAUUCGAUACUUAUAGUUAAUGCGUUGGAUAUUAUCGGACGUAGUGAGACGAAUCAAUCGUAAUUAUUUUUAUGUGUAUAUAGUUUUGUAUGGAGCAAUGAAUUUUACAAAUCUAGAUAAUAUC